AGAAGUUGAUAGAUGGACAAAUGGACGGCACCCUUUUUGUUGUUGUUUUUUUAAAGCUCACGUCUCACCCAAUUACUUGCUCCGUCAAUUUGGGAUUUAACUUCCGCUUUUGCCAUCUUCUUGCAAAGCUUGGAGUCGAAGAUUUGUAAGCCAUGGAUUCUGCUGGAGUUGACUCAGCUACUGAGGAAGAGUAUGCCACACAGUCAAAGUUACUUAAAGACUUCAUGAGUAUUCCCAGCAUUGACAAAGCUUGGAUUUUCAACUCUUGUUCUGGCCCCCAAGCAAUGGUUGCCAUGAGUCAAGCAAACCUUUUGGCUAACAAAAGGAGGAAGUUUAUGUUAUCUGGUCAUAUCUCAAAAGAAAGCAACCAACCUGUAAACUUUCACUGGGCGCCGUUUCCCACCGAGAUGACUGGCGCAUCGGCUUUUGUCCCGUCUCCAUCUGGUCUGAAGCUCCUUGUGAUCCGUAAUCCUCCAGAGAAGGAAUCUCCUACAAAGUUUGAGAUAUGGAGUUCGUCUCAGCUAGAGAAGGAGUUUCAUAUUCCACAGAAAGUUCAUGGCUCUGUAUACGUUGACGGAUGGUUUGAAGGGAUCUCUUGGAACUCAGAUGAGACUCUUGUUGCUUAUGUCGCUGAGGAACCAUCUCGCACCAAGCCUACAUUUGACCAUCUAGGUUGUUACAAGAAAAAUAAUUCUUUGGACAAAAUGGAUAUUGGUAGCUGGGAAGGUCAAGGAGAUUGGGAAGAGGAAUGGGGAGAAGCAUAUGCCGGAAAAAAGCAGCCUGCCCUCUUUGUUAUCAACGUUGAAAGUGGAGAGGUUGAGCAUAUCAAAGGAGUUCCAAGAUCGAUAAGUGUUGGACAGGUUGUUUGGAGUCCAAACAGUAAAGAUUCAGCUCAGUAUUUAGUUUUUGUGGGAUGGUUAGGAGAUAAAAGAAAGCUUGGUAUUAAGUACUGCUCCAACAGACCAUGUGCCAUAUACGCAGUUAGACUCAAAGAACCAAAAGAUGAUGCUAACGAAGCAUUCCCUCUUCAUAAUUUGACUAAGAGCAUAAGCAGCGGUUAUUCCCCACGGUUCAGCAAAGAUGGAAAGUUUCUUGUGUUUUUAUCCGCAAAGACAGCUGCUGAUAUCGGGGCCCAUUGGGUAGCCGAGUCACUUCACAAGAUUAAAUGGCCAAGUGAUGGGAAACUUACUGGGUCAAUAGAUAUUGUUGAUGUGGUUCAAGUUGUGAACUGUCCUGACGAUGGUUCUUUCCCUGGGCUCUAUGGCACCGACCUUCUGAGUGAUCCGUGGCUGUCGGAUGGACAUACUAUUAUCUUGUCUUCUUACUGGCGCAGUUUUAGAGUAAUACUCAGCCUAAAUUUACAAAGUGGUGAACUGUCAAGAGUCAGCCCUAAUGAUUCAGAUUAUUCAUGGAGCAUUCUUGCGCUAAAUGGUGACGAUAUAGUUGCCGUGUCUAGCAGUCCAGUGAGUGUUCCUGAAAUUAAGUAUGGAAAGAAAGUUCUUGAUCCAGCUGGGAAGCCUUCAUGGCAGUGGUCAAAUAUCCAAAAACCAAUAUUUAAAUGCUCUGACAAGGUCACCUUAGGGCUUUCAUUUCUUCAAUUUAAAAUUAUAAAAGUUCCAGUCAGUAAUGUUUCUGAAUGUCUUACCGAAGGAGCUAAAAGGCCUAUUGAAGCUAUAUAUGUAUCGUCUUCAAAGCCUAAGGAGAAUGGGAAAUGUGAUCCAUUAGUUGUUGUUAUCCAUGGAGGCCCCCAUUCAGUUGCAACAUGCAGCUUCUCCAAAACUUUGGCUUAUCUCUCCUCAAUUGGAUACAGUCUCCUGAAUGUUAAUUACAGGGGCUCGUUGGGAUUUGGGAAAGAAGCUUUGCAGAGUCUAUCUGGAAACGUUGGAUCACAGGACGUGAACGAUGUGCUCUCUGCUGUAGAUCAUGCCAUCGAAAUGGGACUUGCAGACCCGUCUAGAAUAACCGUGCUAGGUGGCUCUCAUGGUGGGUUUCUGGCCACACACUUGAUUGGCCAGGCGCCUGAUAAAUUUGUGGCAGCAGCUGCGAGGAAUCCUGUAUGCAACAUUGCAUCAUUGGUUGGGAUUACAGAUACACCUGAUUGGGGUUUCUUUCAUGCCUAUGGUGACAAGAAACACUAUACAGAAGCCCCCUCACCUGAAGAUAUGUCUCGGUUUCAUCAAGUGUCUCCUAUUUCACACAUCUCAAAGGUGAAAACACCAACUUUGUUUAUCUUGGGAGCAAUGGAUCUUCGUGUUCCCAUUUCAAAUGGACUUCAAUACAUGAGGGCGUUAAAGGAGAAAGGAGUUGAGGUUAAAGUUCUUGUCUUUCCUAAUGACAAUCAUCCUCUUGACAGACCGCAGACGGAUUAUGAAAGCUUUCUCAACACUGCUGUCUGGUUCAACAAGUACUGCAAGCUGUGAACACAUGAGUUUGUUUUCGUAUUAAGUAAUUUUUCAGUAAAAGGUCUGAUCCUCUGAGUUUAUGUAGCCUGGCUUGCAUAAUCUCUCUUUCUUCUUCCACAUUUAUCAAUAAAGGAACUAUUUCAGACUAUUUCGGUUUUGGGUUUUUGUAUUUUUUUGGUAAACAUCUGAAGACUUUUUAGCGAAUAUUUGCCUUU